UCCAUUAGAGUAGCACGUAGCCUCUAGCUCUAGCUAUAGUUAUAUUACUAGCUACUAAUAAAUCUAGUGUCAGUCUAGCUUAGCUGCAUUAAGCGUGUAAAAUGGCACUUAACAAGAAUGUGGCCAACAUUUGCACUAUGCUAGCUAUACUUGUGUUUUCCCUGCAGCUAUUUUCUUCUCAGGGCAGGCCUUUGCCUGACGACGAUGGCAUCACCUCUGAAAUGCAGAUCAGGAGAUACCUGUUAUCGCAUGGCAAUGGAGUGGUCGAGGGCGCCGUGUCCCCCUCGUCGGAGAUUGGCGGUCCCAUGGUCGGCGCCUCCGGCGGCGUCCGGCCGACCAACCCAGGGCACAGCCCAGGUAUCGGUCAUCAUGUCGCCAUCAAUGGCGACGUCGACGACGACGAUGUCCGGCCGACGAACCCAGGGCACAGCCCAGGUAUCGGUCAUCACGCCAUCGUCAAUGGCGCUGAUGACGCCGAUGAUGUCCGGCCGACGAACCCGGGGCACAGCCCAGGUAUCGGUCACGCCGUCGUCAAUAGUGCCGACGAUGACGCCGACGAUGUCCGGCCAACGAACCCGGGGCACAGCCCGGGCAUCGGCCAUGCCUUCGUCAACAAGAUCGAUGGCCCAGCUGGGAAGAAGAAGCUCUGAAUUACCAAGUUUAGAGACGAGAGGUUGUCUGUGCAUUAAUUAGUCACCGCGUGAGUGUUAUUAUUGCAUGCAAUAUAUGUAUUGUGUUGUCCGUGUUGUAGCUUUUCUUUACUCUCUUUAUUUUCUGUACGUAUUGUGUUUCUUCUUCUUCAACUUUUGUCGUGUUUUCUUUUCCUUCUAGCAUUAGUACGUCGUGUCAAUGUAUGUUAAUUUCAGCUAGAUUAAUUCUAGCUUGUCAAUCUGUAU